AUGGUUGCUUUUGCGAAGAUAAGGGUCGGCAUUUGUGAUCGUAGGCGACUUGAGUCAGCUUCGCAUUUUGCGAAGCUUUUGGCGCAUUUGCAAAGGGGGGCAUGUUCGCAUUCCCGAGAUAAUUUUCGUAUUUGCAACAUCUGGGCUUCUGAUGCAAAAUUUGCAUUUGUGACAUGUGCUUCGCAUUUGCGGUGCAGGCCUGAAAUAGAUGGAGUCAAUAAUAAAGAUGGCUGCGAUCCCUGUGACUGCGACAUAGCUGGAUGCGACCCAUGUGGCUGUGAUACUGAUGGCUGUGACUCGAGUGGCUUUGAUAUGGAUCGAUGCGAUCCAUUUGGUUGUGAUACUGAUGGAUGUGACCUGAGUGGCUGUGACAUGGAUGGAUACGAUCCAUAUGGCUGUGACAUGGAUGGAUGCGAUCCAUGUGGCUGUGAUAUGUAG